UACUUCAUAGAGCAGAUCUUUAUUCCCAGUAGGACUGUGGAAACAAUAACCACUGCACUGCUUAGUCAGGAAAUCCUUUUUAUAGCUGAUCAUCUGCAGCAUGGGGCCAGCUUUGUUCUCAGGAAUCUUACAGAAAACAAGCAACAACACAGCAUCUCAAAUUUAGCUGAGAAAGCUGAAAGAUCUGCAUUUUCAUCGUUAACACAGAAAAGAGAAAUGCUGACAAGCACGGGACCCAGCAACCAACUUUCAGCUGAGCCCUCGGGUCGUUGCCUCAGAGCUGUCAGGUUUUUCACAGGAGACAUGCAACAGUGUGGACAGUGGGUGAAAAAGCAGGUUCUGAUAAUCCAGCUGCUGGACGGUAUUUUACGAGGCACGGCUCAGGUCAUGUUUGUCAGUAACCCUGUCAGCGGACUUCUCAUUUUGACUGGCCUGUUCCUGCAGAACCCCUGGUGGGCUCUGAACUCUCUGCUGGGAACUUUUGUCUCCACUGUGUCGGCGAUACUCCUCAGACAAAACAGGGAAGCAAUUUUUGCUGGGCUUCAUGGAUACAACGGGACUUUGGUUGGUAUGCUGAUGGCUGCUUUCUCCUCCAAGGGAAACUGGUACUGGUGGCUUCUGUUCCCAAAUGUGUUCAUGUCCAUGUUGUGCCCUGUAAUCUCCAGUGCUUUGUCCUCCAUUAUGAGCAAAUGGGAUCUCCCAAUUUUCACUUUGCCUUUCAACAUCCUGACUUGCUUACACAUCGCAGCAACAGGAACCACUCACCCAUAUUUUCCAGAGGUGAAAAUUCAGCCCAAAGUACAUCUGCACCAUAGCGACUCUCUUGCAAACCUCAGUAUACCACAGCUAUUCUUGUCGGUGCCAGUUGGCGUUGGCCAGGUGUUUGGCUGCGACAGUCCCUGGACGUCGUGUCUCGUCCUUCUGGCCCUGCUGCUAUGCUCGCCAGCUAUCUGCAUACAUGCCUUGUUGGGCUCCACUGCUGGCCUGUGCACUGGACUUGCAUUAGCUGCACCUCUCGAAGACGUCUACACAGGACUUUGGGGAUAUAACAGUGCGCUGUCCUGCAUUGCUAUUGGAGGGGUCUUUUAUGGUUUAACAUGGCAGACACACAUACUGUCUCUAAUAUGUGCACUUUUCUGUGCAUACGUGACCUCAGCGACGUCAAAACUCAUGUCUGUGGUAAGUUCGAAAGUUUCUUACUUUUGGAGGCUAAUCAUAGACAAUGUGUCAUGCUCUCCCACUUCUGUACCAUCCCUUAUCAGCUCGCGUUACCGGCCUGCACGUGGCCAUUUUGCCUGUCGACUCUCAUCUUCCUCCUACUUUCCUCGGAGAACCCGGCCAUCUGCAGGCUGCCCCUGUCCGCUGUGUCCUACCCUGAGGAAAACCGUCACUACCUGAGACAAUUAAGGAGGUCAGAAAAGGCUCUGAGCAGCUGCAAGGGAGAACAGACUCUGGACAGAAUGGAGGGAUGAAUUCUUAGCCAGAAAUGUGAAAAGCAGUUGCGAUGGGUCUGUAAGAGAGAUGUUAUUUUGCAUCAGUUUGAAUGUGGCUGUUGUGAUGUUCAUGUUUUCUGCUUAUAUAACCAGAUCAGUUACAUAAAAAUGAGUGUUUUCUGGAUGAAAAAUGUUUUGCUCACACGCAGUACAUCUUGCGCUCUGCAGGUGGCGACACACAACCACAAAAACAUAAAGCCAGGCCGGAUAGAAAAUCAGGAAGAUGUAAAAAUGCACCUGCACUUUUAGUUGCAAGUUGUUGUGAGUUUUUUCAUUAAGAACAAAAAGUAGUUUCUACCAUGUGUGAAAUCAUUUAGAGCUCCCAUAGGGAGAGGGGAUGUGAGCAUUCUUCUGCUCAUCAUAGCCCAGUUUUGGUGGGUGCUUGUGGAAGAUUUAAUAUUCAUCAGUCUUUCAUCAAUGCAGACAGUAAGCUGCGGGAUAUUUUCCAAAUUGUUCCCCCUGCAAAACCCUUUCUCACUGAAAGCCAUAAUCCAUCACUACAUUCCAAUCUGUCCUCUUGUUUUUCAAUCAUUUCUCUUUGCUUCUCCCUCGAUUCAACCACUUUUUAUGAACCGGUUGUGUCGCUUAUCUUUUGUCUUUCUCUUCAUCCGUUAUCCGUCUUCUCUUCGUCUCUCGGAUGAUAACAGCCAAUCUCGCCCCUUUCAGACAGAGCAAAAAUAUUUCAGUCGUUUUGAAAAGAAGAUGACAGGCUGCACACCAGGAGUUCUGUCUGGGUCGAUGUUUGCCUGUGCAUCUUAAUAUGUCUGUGCCGCCAUUUGGCUGUCUGUCUGUGCAUCUGGUGCACUGAAGUCUGGCCAGAGUGAAAAAUCAGAGCCAGUCACACUUACAGAAAUGUGUGGGAGAUGCAGACCAGGGUGGUGGGGGGAGAGAAGGUGUGAGACAUGACAGGGGGGGAUGGAGUUGAGAUUUUUUUUUUAUAGUACAUGUUGUUUCUCUUUGUGUUGUUUUAAACUAUGUUGAUUCAUCUGCUGCCCUUUGAAGGGCAGGGUGAGGGUUGGGAGCAGAAUGAUGGGGGAUGAGGUUGGUGUCACAUACUCUGUGCCGGUGCUGUGUGCUCACAGCAGGAUGAAUCAUUUUUUUUGUUGUUUUGUUUCCUGAGUCCCUUGCAGGAAGCACUCGCCAGUCCCAUAAGACUUAGCAACAAGGGAUGACAGCAGGCUGCAGGGAUGAACUUUCCUCAUCUAUAAAGUCUCUCACAUAAUAGCAGCUACAAGAUCUGAUGGUUCCUCAUAGAGUUUGUGUAUAAAACAAAAGCCAUUUUAACUUUAAAGGGCAAAACAGUUUUUAUGUUCUGUCUGGGUCACAUGUAACAUUGAAUCUGUCUUUUUUCUUAUUGGUUGAUCUCUAACUGUCCAAUCUGUAUCAGGGUUAAAGACAGAAAGAUACUUUGAUUUUUGCUGUUUCAGAAACACACGUAGGUUUUUGUUUGUUUGUUUUGGUUGGUUUUUUUUUAACAUCUACGAGGAAUGAUGAACAUGAAACGAGUGUGGACAUUUCUGAGAGAUGAUUCCAAAGCCAGAGCCAAGGAAGCUCUCAAAUGGCCUUGGAGAAAGAAAAUAAAGCAGCUUGACUGGACUAGCCAGUCACCUGACUUGAAUCCUGUUGAAAAUCUCUGGAAAGAACUAAACAUCAGAGUUCAUUGAAGAGGCAGGAGCUUCCAGAUUUAAAGAUAAUGUAGAAGAAUGGGACAAAAUGACACCUGAGCCAUGCCUGCGAGUAGUUUCUCCAAACAGGAGGCAUGUCCAAUACUUCUUCCCUAUGUCGUUUCACAUUAUCACACAUAACUUAAUUCCUGAACUUAUUUGUUUUGGUUUCUUUCUAUGUAUGGAUUACUUGGCUUGUUACCCACACCUGGUAAACAUUUUAUGCCAAUAGCAACUUUAGAAAUAUAUUUACCAUGAAAAAUUGUGAUGUGUUCAAUAUUUUUUCAUCUGCUGUGAAAAAAUAUUCACAGCGGAUGAAUAUCCGCACAG